UCCCAUUUCAAGGCUGUAAUUCAAGACACAUCGUUGUUCGCCCUGGUCAUCGUCAGGCACAGAACCCGGACUUGUCCAGUUUGGUUACCAUACGCCCUCCUCCCGUGCCACGCAACGGCUGAAGGAGGCGCCAACCCGCGUGGGUCGCGAGUAGAGGUGCCCCACGAGACUCCGGAUUGAUGCCAGGUCAACGGGACGGAUCGAUAAGCAGAGGUGGCAUGCUAUUCUCGAAUUGAAUCCGGUAUUCUGGCUUCCAAGUGCGACCUCCGGGUUCGAGAUGCCGCUUGGAGCCCCUUAGCAGGAAAUAUGCGAAGGUCAAAUCCUGAUUUUCCCCCGAGGUACGGUGCAUAUGUCUUGGAGACAACGGCUUCGUCUUCUGUUCUCACCAGUGGCCACGUCGUCGGCUCCAGGUCUGAAGAGGGUGUUGCGGUACUCGGUCAAAGCACAAGCAAUGGAGUCACUUUGGUGUACCUCGCCGCGCAAGUCGGAAUGCGUCGCAACCUCAAUGGAGGGACAGGGCGUUUCUCGACCGACGACAAGCUCCACUGAUCUGCGCGAGGUUUGCCAGAACGAGCCAGGGCACUGCCAACUUUCGCACGCGAGGGCUGCAGCAUUGUGGCACCCAUCAGAUAAAAAAAAGAUACCCAUGGAAUUCUGGUGUUUGCAGGCAUGGCAUUGCUCUGAUAAGGCCUCUCUCAAUGGCCCUCGCUCGCUUCAGCGGCCAGGGCCAGAAGAGGCCACCGAUGAAGAAAGGAUUUUGAUGAGACUGGGGGAACGGCCCGGACGUUCUCUUGUUCGAGAACACAGCAUGAAGACGAGAGCAAGGAUCCGAUUGGCAAUUUUGGCCCCCAUCUCCGGUGUCAGCCCCAGAACCUCAUUCCAUCCGUGCCGGUGAGACAAGAAGAGGAUGGCGUACGGAUAGGUACAC